AUGUUCAUAUUAAUUUCACUAUUAUCCUACUGUGUUUCCCAAAUAAUUGAAGUUAAGUUUAUUCAAUCAAAAUGGGAAGGUGAGUUUCAAAGUUCACCCAAUAAUACAUAUAGAAUUACCUAAAUAGAAUAGUAAAAGUAUUUUACACAAUUGACGUAAGUCUUGAUGAGAAAAAUCAAGAUUUUAUGUUGUUAGCUAACAAGUAUCAGCCAAUAUCAAGCCCUUUUUCUUCGAAUCUCAAAGAUGGAGAGAAUAUUGAUUUGACCAAGUAUCUAUUUUUUUUAAAUAUUCCGCAGCCUCUAUGAAAACAGGCUAGAGAGAUUUCUCGUAAUCUAAUCAGCUUCUGGCUACACAUAUAUUACAACUAUCAGCAACAUUGAGGGUAGAACCUACAAGAUUGUAAUUAAAAAGAUCCAAGUUGGAUGUUUGAUGGAUGCUAAAACAAAUGCAAUAAAUAAGGAUAUUGUUAUGUAUUAUUAAAACUAUUUUAGAACUAUAAAUGUUAUUGUGAAUAAGGAUAUAUAGGAUUAGAUUGCAAAUACUUUGCUACAGAAAUGAAAGAUUCAGAUUUAUUUUAACCAAAUUUCACUAGAGGAAAUGAUUUUGCUUUAAUGUCAUUUCCCAUAAAUCUAUUUUAUGAAGGCUAAAAAUAUAUUUUCAAAUUUCAAGUAAUUUUAACACAGAUUUAUGUGAUUUGUAUGAAGUUUCUAAAAACAAAGAAUUACAAUUUAAUAUCCUAGUGCAUGAGACAAUGGACAUGUAUUAAAAGAUAAAAUUUGGAAUUAAACCUAUUAAUCCAAAUAUUUUCUUGUAAGAUUUAGAGGUCUUGUUUAUUCCUUGGGGUAGGCUAAAGGAGAAAAAAGUUUAAGAUAGAGCUUCUAAUUAAAUUCCAAUAUACAUUAUUAUAUUCUUUUGUUGCUUAUUAGUUGUAGCAGUUUGUAAAGGAGUUUGGAAAAAAAAAACAUAAAAUACUUCUAUUAAUUAGCCUAGCCCUUAGUAAAUCAACUCAGAAGAAGAAUGUAGCAUUUGCUUAGCCUUUCUCAAUUCUGCUUAGUAUCUAUCAACUGUAUGCAAGUAAGAUUUAUCAAUUAUCUAUAGCCAUUCAUUUCAUAACUAAUGUAUAGAUUUAUGGUUGUAGAAGGGAAGUAAUAAAUGCCCAAUUUGUAGGUCGCUACUUAUUUCUAAUGAAGAAAAUAUCACAAAUUGAAGACGGAUACAAUUUGACUGCCAAAAUUAAUGGGUUAUGUAAUCUUGAUUAUUAAUUUUAUAUUCAAAUAAUUUCUUAAUGA